GUACGAAACGGCACCGAAGCGAGUCAAACAACACAAAAACAACAGCACCAACAACAACAGAAGAGCAGCGGGUGUCUCCCCGGGCCUUUUUGCGUCGAUUUGAUAGUAGUGUAGACGUCCACCCGCGUUUCCCCGUGUGCUUCACAACACACCCUCUGCGUUCGUUUCACGUUUUCGUCCUCGACGUUCCACGUCUGCUGUAUCGUUGCUGACCUAUUUCCUAUUUCCCUGUACCAAGGAAAGGGAAGUAAAAACAAAAAGAAAUCUGUUCUUAUCUCAUUUUGUGACGUUGUUAUGCUUUGGAGCGGCAGGAACUUACGUUGUGUGUCGUAGCUUCGCCAUGUCUGACGGUGCAAAGGAGUUAUCGAAAGGUGAAGUGUUAGCGUGGCUGAAAGAUCACAACUUCACCCAAACUUUCGAGGCUCUUACGUUGGAAGCGGACACUUCUCCGGGCAGCAGCUUCCACGCAGCUGAGCAUCUGCCUGACGAUAACAGCACCGUUCUCAAUACCCCUCUCGAGGAUGAGCUGGGCAGCACUGUAAAGGAGGCGCUGUCCGCUUACCAACAACUGGCGGGUGAGGGCAGCGUCUACGCUCUGCUGGAGCAGUGGGAUCCACACUUUCUCUCAGCCUACCACCUUCGUCGCACAGUGGGUGGAACCGGUCUCGAACGCAUGGAGGUUGAAAACCAAAUUGCCGACCUGCAGAGCAGCAACAACCGCCUUCGUGCGCGCGAGCGGGAGUUGGACACGCAGAUGAAACAGACCGUCACCAUCAUCGCUGAGCGCCUCCAGGCCCUUGUGACGUCGGUGGAUCCGAUGCGCAAAGACAUCCUUUUGCCGCUGCUGCGCACAGUCGCCAUCUUCGGCUCCUCCAGCAGCGUACGUGCCGCCGCACGCCACAUGAUGCUGACGCUGUACAAGCGUCCCAGCGUGGAGCACCGGCUAGCGAUUCUGCAAGAGUGGCUGCGCAUCGCCCGUGACGCCCCGUUGCGCUCACUCGAGCAAGAGCUGAUUCCGGAACUGUACUCCCUCGUCAAUGCACAGGUCUUUGAGCGACGCCUGCUUGCUCUGGACUGCGCCGCUGCUGUGGCCCCGCUGCUGCGCCAAUCGCCGCAGGUGCGCUACUCCUUGUGUCAAGGCUUGCUUCGGCCGCUGUGCGAGGAUGACGCGUCCGCGGUACGACGUGAGCUGCCGCGGUGCUUGUCGUUGAUGUGGGGUGACGCAGGGCUGAAUAGCGGUGAGAAUGUGCGCAGUCCAGUUGGAGGCGGUGGGGGUGUUUCCCCGCCAGUUAGCGGAGAGGUGAGAGCUUUCCCCUCAACGGCUGCUGCAGCUGGCAGCACUCAGGCAACGACCAAAGCAACAGCUACGGUUUCUCUUGCUCCAUCGCAGCAGGCCUUUGUGAUGGAACUGCUGGUGCACCUGGCCACCGACUCAAACAGCCGGUCCGUGCGGCAGGCGGCGCAGACGCAGCUGUGCGAGGUCCUCUACCCGGUGUUCCUGCGUGAUGGCGUGCUGCUCACCCAGUUUGUGCCACUGCUUCUCACCGUCAUCAGCAUGGAGGCGUCACAGAUGUUGCUGCUGCGGAAGCCGAACGCCCGUGGCGGCGGCGGCGGCGGGGAAGCGGCCACCCCCACCGCAGCGGCAGGGGACACGCGCAAGACCACAGCCGACGCAACAACGGCCGCCGUUGCGUCUGCGCUGUCGCUCAACAACGUCAUGACGCUAGUGCAGCUGCUGCACGCCGCCCUGCGCUGUGUGGCGGUGGAGGUGGUGCACUCGCGCGAGGAGGACGACCGCCGUGGCGAGCGCGUCGCGCCUACCGCUGCUGCUGCUGCUGCUGCGACGAACAACAGCACCGCAACGUCGCUGGCGAACACGUACGUGCAAGUAGUACUGCCCACCGCACACAGCCUUCUCACCCCGCUACUAUCCAAAAUGCACUAUGUAUCUCUUGGCAGGGAGGAUGGUGGUGGUGGUGGCAGCGGCGGUGGCAUGUACGACCCGUGCACGCUGCUGUGCGGCCCGCUCUGUGCGCUGUGCGCUGCACUGGCCUCGCUUGUGCCGCUGCUUGGCGCACCGGCGUGGGAUGCCGUGACGCGUUUCUUGAAGACAUCAGUGCUGGCCACUCCAGCCUUGCGCGCGGACGCCGCUGCAGAGCGAGAUGCGCCGACCUCUUUUGCCCUCCCAACCUCGCAAAGCUCGCAGGAGCUUCUUCGUGGUCGUCUUCUGUUUGCUUACUCGUACUUUCUCCUCCUUUCUGGAGACGCGGUGGUGCGCCCAGGCCACGCAGAGCAGGUGCCAACGCAAGAAACCGCGGAGAACGCAUCCACUUGCACUUCGGAGACUCGUCAGGGAGAGAGCGGCGCUGUUGACGUGUCUUCGCAGCCUUUGCUUACUACCAAGCGCAUCCAGCGCGAGAGCCUCACUUUUCUGGCCCAUCAAAUUCUGCUCGACUCGGACAAUUUAACGAGUCCGCGCUCCGCUGCUCUGACGACGUGUGUGCACUGCAUCGCCUCGCUUGCCCCCUUCGCGCAGGAGAGCCGCGAGGUGUCUUCCGGACUGACAGCGUUAAUUUGUUUCCUGGUGGCUUCGACCGAUCCUCGACUGCGUCUGACGGCGGUGGUGGUCGUGAAUGACGCGUGCGCCGCCGUCGCCAACGAACGCUUGAAAGUGACGCUUCUCAUUGAGCCGCUCCUGCCUUUGCUGGAGGACCCGCAGCCCUUCGUGCAGGAGGCCGCGUUGACGGGCAUCCUGACCGUCGCGAUUGCCCUGACGGAGCCGCGGGCACAGGAGAAGACCAUUCGGCCCGUCCUGCGCGUGAUGGACAUGGCAGGGUGCACCUCGCGUUUUACUCGGUGCGUCUUGAUGCAGUGGGAUCAGCUCAUGCAGCGCAUGCCCGCCGAGCCGCGCGAGGCACUGCUGUACCCGCAGCUGGCGGCGCUGAUGGAUCGACUGGCGGAACAGUACGUGGAGCGUGUGUCUCGAGAGGGGAUGGCGCCACCACCGCCUGCGACAGCUGUGAGUGCUGCGCCUCAAUUAAGUUUCACCAGCACCUACGACGCACGUGUGGUGCAGCAACGCGAGUCGCAGGACGGCUCGGUAGAGCAGUGGGAGAGCACGAUGCUGAUUCUGCAGGCCCUCUUGCACAGUAUCUUGCGCUGCGCGGUGGUCACGCCGACGCUGGUGUCGCGGUAUCUCUUACCCGGAAUUCAGCAGCUCGCAAGCGAGGGGGUUCUCUCCGCGUGCAGCUCUAAUGUGCGCACGCGGUGGUAUCGACUGCGGAAGAGCUAUUUGGUAUUUACCGAAAACAACUCUAGCCGGUUCUCGUCGUUUGUCAGUAACCCAAGCGCGGGAAACCUGCUCGACCGCGUCAAGGAUGAACUGAAGCGACGAUUGUGA